AUGGAGAGAGAUCUGAGGCUUCCAGAAUCAUUGUUGGGUGAUCAACCAGGAGGAGGAGGUAGGGCUAGUCCAACUCUACCUGAGUCGGAGUUUGCCGAACCCAUGAACGUAGAGCAGUUGAUUCAGAAGCUUCAUGAUCGUCGUACCCGAGAACAGGCUCUACACAAUCUCUCCCAGGAUUUAGAACAUAAAGUGAGAAUUAUUAUCAGGUUUCAUGUUGCAGUUACACUGCUGAAGGAUCAGCUUCCUGAGGUGGCUCUAUUACUUUGGCAUACCUGUGGUAUCAUGUUUGUGCUCCUCAAGGAAAUAACUGGUGUAUACAACCUGAUCUCAACCCCAAAUCUUUCUCAGGAAGUAUCAAACCGAGUUUGCGAUACUAUAACUUUGUUCCAGUGCAUAGCUUCUCAUCUAGAUACAAGAAAGCCAUUCAUCAGAGCUUACUUGCCAUUGUAUCUCUACCCUUUCAUUAGCACUGAGAGCAGAGACAAGCCUCAUGAAUAUCUCAGACUAUCUAGCUUAGGUGCUAUUGGGGCACUAGUGAAGAGUCACCCGCCAAAUCGAGAUGAAGUCGAUCCAGAAAUUAUACACUUCCUCCUAGAGAGCCAGAUACUUUGCCUCUGCAUCCGCUGCAUGGAGGUCGGCACUGUAUUGUCAAGAACUGUGGCUACAUUUAUAGUUGAAAGAAUUCUGUCAACUGAUGCGGGACUCAACUACUGUUGCAAUUUCGGCGAUCGGUUUUAUGUUACUACUAGUGUUCUUCGAAGGAUGACUGAUAAGCUUGUUGAAGAACCUUCUCGCCGGCUGCUUAAACUUAUCAUUAAGUGUUUUAUUGAACUGUCCAAGGGUCCAAGUCUGUGCAGGGACAAUGAGGGUCUAAGAUGCUGUAUUCCUAGGAGCUUAACUUAUCCUGAGAUUGUUAACCUCCUCUCUGAUGACGGAGACGGCAUGCGGGGUCUGCAACAGCUCUUGAAAAAUGUUCAGGCUCAUGUAUCAUCCACUGGGGACCUAGUAUUGGUCACUUCAUACAAGGCUGAACUAAAUAGCUAACUUGCAACCAAAUCAUGUUACCAGUAUGCACACAGAUUGAAGUAACCUUGUAUUGCUGCCUGUACUUUUCUCAUCGUUGUAUGUCUGUCUUUGAUGUUGUAUUUCAUGUGGGUUUGUACUUU